UGGAACGAAGAUAAAAAUUUAUAAUUUGUAUGUAGAGUCCCUUAGCACUUAGCAAGGUUCUUAAGCUGUUCUGAGAGUGAUCUUACAUGCCAUUGCCAUGGGCGCCACCACCUGCAGCGCCUUCUUCACCCUCCGAUCGCCAAGCUCCGUCGAGUCCAGCCUCCGCCACCACUCCUCUUCCGGUUGCGGAAAGUUCGAUGGGGUGGCAAAGUGGUUCAUCAACGGCGUCACCAUGGCUUUCUUCGCCUCCCUAAACCGCUGCUAUUGCAUUCGCAUCACCACCGAGGAAGACGCCGAAGACGCCAACGACUUGCCCUUGAUGCUCAACGACGCCAACCUCCACCCUCACGCCGCCUCCGCCUCCGCCGCCGCCAGGAGGAGGACGGCUAAAGGGAGCAAGACCCAAGCUGUUCUUCUCGAAUGAACCAAAUACGUACGUGCGCCCUUCAACAAAUCAUUAUAUCAUAUCAUAUCAAAUCAUAUCUCUUAAUUUUCUGUCUCUCUUGGUAAGUCAAAUUCUGCGUUUCUCAUCUUAUGUUUUCCAGAUAUAUAUGAUGAAAUCAAACAACCAUCUUCCUUGCCUUUCAUAUAUACACGAUCAAAAAAUAAAUGAGGAUAAGCUUCAUUUCCCUACGUUCAAUUCUAUGUAUGUUGUUUCUCAAUUUGGCACCAACAGUGUGAAUACAAUUACCGGAGAAGUGCAAACACUUAAUUUAGUGUUUAAAA